CUCCAAUCUCCGUGUUGUUGUUCCCGGUGACGCGGCGGAGGUGUAGCCUGACGCGGGCUCUUACGUGUCGGCCAGAAUAAAAGUGGAGCUCCGGAGGCCCGGGAGUGACGAAGGGAGUCUGUAUCGCUCAGCCGAUGAAGAUGGAGUCAGUGGAGGUUCAGCAGGGAGUGGAGACUGCUGUGACUGAGGCGGAGACCCAUCAGAUCACCCAGGCACAGAUCGCUACUUUGGCACAGGUAACCAUGACAACAGGUCACGCCUCAGCAACAGGUCCCACAGUCACGCUCGUACAGCUUCCCAACGGACAGACGGUUCAGGUCCACGGUGUGAUCCAGGCUGCACAGCCAUCUGUUAUCCAGUCCCCACAGGUCCAGGCUGUACAGAUCUCCACCAUAGCAGAAAGUGAGGAUUCACAGGAGUCAGUAGACAGCGUGACUGACUCUCAGAAGCGCAGAGAGAUUCUGUCACGACGCCCCUCAUACAGAAAAAUCCUGAACGACCUUUCGUCCGACGCGCCUGCUGUCCCUCGUAUCGAGGAGGAAAAGGCUGAGGAGGAUUCAUCUGCUGCUGCUGCAGCUGCCACACCUUCAAUCACCACCGUGACCGUGCCCACACCCAUCUACCAGACCAGCAGCGGCCAAUACAUUGCAAUCACACAGGGUGGAGCCAUUCAGCUGGCUAACAACGGUACAGAUGGAGUCCAGGGCCUUCAGACUCUCACCAUGACCAACGCAGCUGCAGCCGCGCAGCCCGGAGCCACCAUCCUCCAGUACGCACAGACCAGCGACGGCCAGCAGAUACUGGUUCCCAGUAACCAGGUGGUGGUGCAAGCCGCCUCCGGUGACGUCCAGGCCUAUCAGAUCCGAGCAGCCCCCGCCAGCACCAUCGCCCCGGGGGUGGUCAUGGCCUCAUCCCCCGCCCUCCCCACCCAAGGUGCUACCGAGGAGGUGACUCGCAAACGGGAAGUCCGCCUCAUGAAGAACAGAGAGGCAGCCCGUGAAUGUCGCAGGAAGAAGAAGGAGUAUGUUAAGUGUCUGGAGAACCGCGUGGCCGUCCUGGAAAACCAAAACAAGACACUAAUCGAAGAACUGAAAGCCCUUAAAGACCUUUACUGCCAUAAAUCUGAGUAGUUCCUGUCCUGAACACCAAGCUGGGCCAAGUAGCAUUUCAGUUCUCUUCAAAUACUUUGACUGUUUGAUUCUGCCUGGCUGGCCUUCCUGUUUGCACACGGCUGGAUCGCCCCAAUCCAGUCCUGCUUACACCACCUUCUCUCCAGCAGGCUGUCAAUAAUAAUGAAAAACAGGCAAAACCUUUCCAGUAUCACUAAAAUCACCUGCGUGCUCCGUCAGGUGUGACCAUAGACUAACUGUGCUAACUGAAACUAUGUAGUCUAGACAGAAGCUGCAGUGCUGCGCAACAUCACAAAAAGGCUCAAAUCAGCUACAGACAACAGGUGACAUAAUGUUUCACACACCUUUAUCUGUGAGCCUGCGUCCUGUUGUCGUAGAUUUGGCUAAUAGCAAUAUCAGUUAGCAUAACGCUGUACUCAUCAUGAUCACUGUAGAGAUACUUUGCAGGAAAAAUGUGACGUUGGACAAGUGACGAUUAAAAUGGUUUCAAGGAAUAUCCACAAAAUGACCAUCUGUGUAUCAAGUAGUCAUGCUGUAUUACGUUGCAUUCCUGAGGAAAACUUCAUUUUUUAUCAUGGCUCAUAUUAAUUUAUUGAUGUGGGACCAAGUUUAAUGACAGCAGAACUUCAUUAAAACAUUAUAAACUCUAACACAGCUCGUGCAGUGGAAUAGAAAUUUCAGUUAUCCCGUCUAAGGUUCAGUACUUCCCAAACACAUGCAUUUUUCCUAAAACCUCGCUACUUAAAACUGAACUGAAAGUGAAAUUUAGCUCUCUUCAAAGCCAGAUUCCAGUUGUAAGGUUUUCUAAGUACUGAGCAUAAACUGGAUAAACGGACCCGGAUUAUUCUGCACGAGCUGUGUGAAAGUUGUAAAGACGUUUUGAUAUAGUUGUGCUGUUGUUUUAAUUGUGGACCCAAUAAAUCAAUAUGUUUGCUGUUUUCCUGAGGCGUGCGAGAAACACAAAGUUUUCCUCACAAAUUUAAGGUAACACGGCAUGCCUUACUGAUCUACAGGUUAUAAUUUUGGGGGUGAAUUAUUCCUUUAACGCUCGUACUGUUCUACACACGUUCAUGAGCGAUUCUUAAACCUCAAGAGUUUUUUUAGUUGUUGAAAAGCUGCUCAUAUCUUAUUGGCUUCAUUGGACUCCACUUAAGCAUUUGCGUUCAAGCAAUAAUGCCUGCUAAGUUGUCCUUGAAGCAUCACCGUUCUUGCUAUGGGUACCUGCAGUUAUGUUUAAGGCGUCCUGAUGUGUGAUUUAAGGGCGCCUGCAAAAUAUAUAUAUAUCAUUUCCUGUUUCCAUGGGGAAACUUUACAGUUACGGUGGUGAGUUCAGUGUUCAGCUAUUGAGAACAUACUUUAUCUGCGAGUGUCGGACAUUUGUGUUUCAGGCGAGCUCAGUCAGCUGCAGUUAAAGGCUUUGAGUGAAUUAUGAAUCUCUACUUGAUCCACACCCAGAUACAAACCAACUUUUCCAAAAAAAAGGCUUGUAUAGUGGACUCUACAACUGAUUUGGCACAAACAAGUCAUUUUUUAAAGUGUUUUUAAAGAUGCUACCAACUGCCGAAUUUGUAGGAAGGAGAGCAGACAGUGGAUUGUUUUCAGUUCAGUCAUGACGGCUGUGGGAGAAGCUGCUUAAACGAGACUGUUCACGAGCUGAAGCACAGCUUUAAAGAAAGAUUAUUGCUUUUACAGCCUGGGGUCACAUCUUUAUAGUUUUGGCCAACAUUUCUUUCCGUUAGAAAAACAUUUUACCCACUAGCUUAAGUCCUUAAGGGCAGAAUAUAAGAGGCUAUUUUAUCUAAUCCAGAUAAUUUAGAAGUGACAACAUCUGAACGCUAAAAAUGAACUGCAACGCUCAUUUUCAGGCUCAUACUUGUUAUUAAAGUUUAUACUAGAACAUGUUUAAAUGCUUAAAUGGUCAGAAAUCUUGAUUCCACCUCCGCUGGGAUUUUCCAUUUUAGCGCUGCUCUCUUUAAGCCCCCCUCCCAAAAAAGUCAAGUCUGCUCUGAUUUGUCAGCGUUUCUAGGUCUUUUGUAUCUCUGUGUUUCUGCACCGUCAUGGCAGCCAGGGAAUGACUGGAACGGAGAAAAGCUUCACUUUUUAUCAAGAAAUCCCCCAAAAAAGCUUCAAAGCAUGCACUAUGACGUCAUGCUGUUGCCAAAAUAGAGAAAACACUAGAAACUUCAGUAGAAAAACAGUUGAAAUCCUGAGAUUUGUGCCCGCAGGGAUUACUUUUACAUACGUUUACCUCGUUUAUUAGAACUCUGGCCACGUUUAAUAUGAACAUCCAAACCUGUUACGUUACAUUUAUGACACAAAAUACAGAAAAGCAUAAUAGGUACCAUCAAAAGUUACUUCCUAAUCUGGUUGUUGCACAGAAAAAAGAAAACGUUGCAGAACUACUCGAUGGUUGAGCUUUGAGCGGCUCGCUGCAGUUCUGCACACAAGUAGUUUUUCAAGGCAAAGCACAUCAGGUGUGUUCAUGGCUCAAAUUAUUGGAGGUUUUUUCAUAACUCAGCUCCUGUGGCUCGCUGUGUCCCCAGAUAUCAGCAGUUAACUGAUUGAGUAAAAUGUUUUUUAUAACAGAUGGGUGUGAUGUCUAGAAAUAUUU